AUGUCCACCUCAACGAGAGGGGUAGGGACGGGAGGGAAAGCAACGAAACCCACUGUCGACGAGCAGAGCGAACAAGAGAGCGGCAGUGAGCAAGGAACAACAAAGGAAGGAGAGAAAGAGAUCGUAGAGGCGGCAUCAGUCGAAGAAAACCUUCAACUCCCUUCAGUCACCUACGGUCAACAAGCAGAGGAAGCCAGACGCGCUUAUGCACAAUAUUACGCUCAGUUUGGACCAAACUCACAACACCUGGGUACAGGACCACCUCAUCCUCCAUGGCCAUAUCCUCCUCCAGGCGCCUACUAUCCUCCUGCAUACAUCCCGGUAGCACCAGACGGAACACCCUUAUAUCCUUCUUUUUAUGCCCCUUUCCCACCUGGAGCAAGGCCGCUGCCUGGAGGACCUAUGAUUGUCGCUCCGAGCGGAGUGAUACCUAUUGCUCCUAAUGCUCAGGCUCCGCCGGAACAGCCUCGCGUAACCUCUGGAUUGUCCGUGCCACAGCGACCUCGCACGACGGUCACUGAUAAGAUAUUCAUUGCAUGUAGCUAUUGUCGUCAUCGCAAGCUGCGGUGCAGUGGUGAUACACCAAAAUGCACUGUUUGUGUGCGAUACGAUCAGAUCUGUAACUACGAUGAUCACAGACGGACACGUGGACCUGGUAGGAAGUCUCUUGUUGCUCUGGGUAUCGAUGUUCCCCCGUCAAAGAAGCAGCCGAAGAAGAAGGCAAAGGAGGCUGCCACCACCAGCAUCACAUCAAGCUCUGCUCUUCUACCACCUCCUCCGCCGACCUCCAACUGCCAGGCUGUUCCUACGUUUCCCCCACCUCCGUUUCCAGCAUCGUUUUCCGCAGGUUCACCUCCGGAUACUGGAGUAUCACCCCAAGCACUCGAAGGGAGUGCUAUCACUGCCGCUGCGAUCUUGAAUGCGCUUCCCACUUUACAAGCUGCACUCGCACGCCAGAAUAUACCACCAUAUCCUUCCCUGUUUAGGUCAGUGUCUGGUCCUCCGCAAUCCCCAACACCUUCGCCCCAUCAUAGCCCUCAGGACCACGCUGAGUCUUCUGUUGAGGAUGUGGAACCAAAGACGACAUCACCCAAGGCAAAGAAGAGGAGGGCCAAGGACGAGUCUUCCUCUAGUCCAAAGAAACGUAAACGGGGACACAAGAGCUAG